AUGGCCGCCCCGACCGUCUACCCCGACACCCACGUCGGUUUCGACAGCAUCACCAACCAGAUCGAAAAGAAGCUCCUGAAGAGAGGUUUCCAGUUCAAUGUCAUCUGCGUCGGCCAGACCGGUCUCGGCAAGUCGACCUUGAUCAACACCAUCUUCGCCUCCCACCUGAUCGACUCCAAAGGUCGCAUGGUCCCCGAUGAGCCCAUCCGCUCCACCACCGAGAUCCACCCCGUGUCGCACAUCAUCGAGGAGAACGGCGUCCGCCUGAAGCUCAACAUUGUCGACACCCCCGGCUACGGCGACCUCGUCAACAACGACCGCUGCUGGGACGCCAUCGUCAAGUACAUCAAGGACCAGCACUCGGCCUACCUGCGCAAGGAGCUUACCGCCCAGCGUGAGCGCUACAUUCAGGACACCCGUAUCCACUGCUGCUUGUUCUUCAUCCAGCCCUCGGGCCACUCCCUGAAGCCCAUCGACAUUGUCGUCCUGAAGAAGCUGUCCGACGUCGUCAAUGUCGUCCCCGUCAUUGCCAAGGCCGACUCCCUGACUCUGGAGGAGAGACAGGCCUUCAAGGAGCGCAUCAAGGAGGAGUUUGCCUUCCACAACCUCAAGAUGUACCCCUACGACAGCGAGGAGCUGGACGAUGAGGAGCGCGCCAUCAACACCGAGAUCAAGAGCCUUGUUCCCUUCGCUGUUGUCGGCUCGGAGAAGUCCAUCAUUGUCAAUGGCAAGCAGGUCCGUGGACGCCAGAACCGCUGGGGCGUCAUCAACGUAGAGGACGAGAACCACUGCGAGUUCAUCUACCUCCGAAACUUCCUCCUCCGCACCCACCUGCAAGAUCUCAUCGAGACCACGUCGCAAAUCCACUACGAGACUUUCCGUGCCAAGCAGCUGCUGGCACUCAAGGAGAGCAGCGCACAGGGUCACGGCAGCAGGCCCAUCUCUCCCGCCGCCGACCGGGAACUCAGCAGAAGCUCUCAACGCAUGACCAUGAACGGCUACUAA